GCAGGCGCGGGCGGCGGCGCAGAGACGAGCGCGGGUGGAGGGCGCGGACCGAUCGAGCGCACCGACCAUGGCCUCCAAGUGUCCCAAGUGUGACAAGACCGUGUACUUCGCCGAGAAGGUUAGCUCCCUGGGCAAGGACUGGCACAAGUUCUGUCUCAAGUGUGAGCGAUGCAACAAGACACUGACCCCUGGGGGCCAUGCCGAGCAUGAUGGGAAGCCUUUCUGCCACAAGCCCUGCUACGCCACACUGUUUGGACCCAAAGGUGUGAAUAUAGGGGGCGCCGGUUCCUACAUCUAUGAGAAGCCUCUGACCGAGGGCCCUCAGGUCACUGGCCCUAUCGAGGUCCCUGUGGUGCGAACUGAGGAGCGGAAGACCAGCGGACCCCCCAAAGGUCCCAGCAAAGCUUCUAGUGUCACCACGUUCACCGGGGAACCCAACAUGUGUCCUCGCUGCAACAAGAGGGUGUACUUUGCCGAGAAGGUGACCUCUCUAGGCAAGGACUGGCACCGGCCUUGCCUGCGCUGUGAGCGCUGCUCCAAGACGCUGACCCCCGGAGGGCACGCCGAGCACGACGGCCAACCCUAUUGUCACAAGCCCUGCUAUGGAAUUCUCUUUGGACCCAAGGGAGUGAACACCGGUGCUGUGGGCAGCUAUAUCUAUGACAAGGACCCUGAGGGCACCGUUCAGCCUUAGAUCUGCAGAUGCCGCCCUCCGGGUCCCCUACUCGACCCUGAGGGAGAGUGACCUGCUGCCUAGUCCUGCCUGCCUCAGCGCGUCUUGCCUGCAAGCCCCAGGGCCUAAGUGGCGGAGGAGGAAGCCUCCUGGGUAGUCUCCAGAAGAGCCCAGAAUUGCAGCCCUGUUUCUCUGUGUGUCACCUCGGCGUGCCCUGUGUUUCCCACUGCCCUCUCUGUGUCUGUGGGCCUCCAUAGCCUCCCGUGUCCCGUGUCCCCGUGUCCCCGAUAGCUCUCCGAGGUGGCUGCCCUAUGAUAUCGCUGUUGCCCACACCUGCCCACCAGUAUUAUUUAUGCUCUGCUUGCCGGGGAUGGCCAUGAGCUCACAGCAUUCCCAGGGUGGCAGCCCCCCUGUAAGGAGCCCUCUGCUGGUUCCCACACUACGCCCUACCUACCCCUCACGUGGUUCACCGCUACGGAGACUUUUGCUGUCAAUAAAUGGUUUGGUUUGAGGACUGCA